AACCCCAAGCCCAGAUCGACGAUCUCAAAAAUAAGCACUCUCAGACGUCUCCCCAUUCCCGAAGAAGCAACCACUUAAAAAGAGCCAAGCAUCAAGCAUAGCAUCAACCAUUAACUAAAAGUGACAUCUCUUCAACGGCCAUUAGCUCACAUUACCUUGUUCUCACAAGGCUGACCUGAUGUAAAACACUUCUUACCUCAUCAAGACGCAAUGUUUCACAAAACAACCUCCUCAUCUCGUCGCGUGGUUGGGUGACGUCACAUGCACAUCGCGAAAUCGAGAGCAUGACGACGUCACGACUUGCUCUUAAAUCCAGGAACAAGAAAGUGAAGUAGACAAGGUCAUAAAAGGCAGCCAAGAGCUCUCUUUCUCAAACAGCCUUUUCUCAACGAAACACUUACCUACCUACACUUGAACAAGAACAACACGAUCAACAGACAAAAUGGCCAUCACAAGUGCUAUCAGCGAUCUCUUCAGCUCCAUCUACGAGCUUCUCGCCUCAGUCUUCAACACCUUCUACUCCGUCAUCCACUCCAUUCUCUCCGCUGUUCUCGGCUUCGUUCAGGGUCUUUUCAACCUCAUCGGCGAUGUCGUCUCCGGUCUUGUUGAGGUCACCGGUGGCGUGGGCAAGUUUGUAGCCAGCAACGCUGCUAUUCUUGCUAUUGGCGUCCUCGGUACUUUCGCUUAUGUGAGGUAUACCGCGCAGGGACGGACUGUUGCGAACAAGAAGACUCAGUAAAUCUUUUGACCUUGGAUUAUUGGGAGGUUUGCUUGGCGAUGGAUAUACGCUAUACCCUGAUGCUCGGUGGAAAGGACCUGGUUGGUGUUGGGGACACUAAGAAACUAUCUUUCGCUAUUGAAUCCUAGUUUAUUUAGUCAAAAUUAAUGCGAUGCCCUUCAAACUUCAGUGACCUUUCUGUGGUUGGUCUUGUACUCGACUUUAAACUGCGGCUCAAUCGAUCCCUUGCUGGCUCUGCAGAUCAUGUAAUAGCCCUUGUGCUAAUCUAGAUCACC